AUGCACGAAUGUUUGAGAGCAAAAUGUCAUAUCCUCGGAAGCCCAUAUUGUGGAAAAACAUCAAUUGUUCAAUCAUUUUGUAGUGGUGGCCGGGACUUCCCAAAGAACUACCUUAUGUCUAAGACGGUUGAAUUUGCUGUAAAAACAAUGACAAUACCAGAAGUGGAUGACAGCAUCGAAUUGUUCUUAUAUAAUAUCCCAGGCAAAGAAGUUUUUCAGGAUCCCAUGAAUCAUUAUAUUAAUAUGACCAACCUUAUCGUUGUUGUUUUUGAUGUAACUGACCAGGAAAGUUUCUCCAGUGCAAAGCUUACCCUGAGAGAAUUACGGAAACCUAAUAAUAUUCGUAUACCGGUCGUUCUUGUGGGCAAUAAAACAGACCUGAAAGAGAAGCAUAUCAACAAUGUGGAAAAAGCCCAAGGGUUAGCGGAUGAUCUAAGCAUUCCGUAUUUCGAAACUUCUGCUAUUCGAGCUUUCACUUGUCUUGUCGAAGUUCAGGAUUUGCAGUAUUUCGUAAGAUCAUUUCAAAUUUACGCCAUAUGACAAGUCUUUAGUGUUUGAAGCAAUGGGAAUCAUCUUUGAACUUAAAUAUGAAGAACAACAAAUAAAACCAGGUACAUUUUACCAAUGUAUCUUAAAGUGACCAAAGUGGACGUUUUGAAUAACACCUCUAAGUACUCUUUAAAAUAUUCCAGAAACUUAGCAAGUCAUACUCAGCAUCCUGCAUAUAAUUUUUUUCUGAGUUUCGUACAAUAAAUUUCAAUACAUUCG